UAUUACCAAAUUAAUUAGGCCUAGUAAAAUCGAAGAAUCUAGCUAGCUAACUACUAGACCUAGAUCUAGAUAGUAGAUAUAUCUAGAUCUAGAUGCCUACAACAGUUGUAGUACAAAUGCAUCUAUUUUUUAGAUCUAGAUCUAACUAGUCUGUAAAAGAUCUAGAUUUAAAGUUUAAACUUUAAAGGUAGGCCUAGAUCUAAAGGAAGCAAGAUGAGUAAAAAUGCUGGAGUUUUACAAACCAACAAAGAAAAAGACUGUCCCUUGACUUGUAUUGUAAUAGGAGCAGGAUCAAGAGGGAGUGGUUAUGCCUUAUAUGCAAAGUUGUUUCCAAAUGAAAUGGAGGUUGUUGGUGUUGCUGAGCCAAAUGACAGUAGGAGAUCUGAGCUUUUAAAACUAGGAACCAUCACAGAAGAUAAAAUUUUCAAAGACUGGAAAGAAGUUGUAGAGUUUGAAAAAUUUGCUGAUUUUGUGAUCAUAGCUACAGUGGAUCAAGACCACAAAGAACCAGCCAUUGCUUUUGCCAAACUUGGCUACAAUAUCCUACUUGAAAAACCCAUGGCCGUUACUGAAAAAGACUGCAGAGAAAUUGUUGAAACAUGUAAGCAAAAGAAUGUAAAACUAGCAGUUUGUCAUGUUCUUCGCUAUACUGCUUGGGUUAAAAAAAUUAAAGAGAUCAUUAUGUCUGGACAAAUAGGUGAUGUGGCAAACAUUAGACAUACAGAACCAGUUGGGUUUUGGCACUUUGCACAUUCUUUUGUUCGUGGCAACUGGCGAAAAGAGGCAGAAAGUACUUUCAGUUUACUAUCCAAGUCCUGCCAUGAUGUUGACUUAAUUAAUUAUUGGAUGUCCCCCAGGAAAUGUGUUAGUAUUUCUUCAUUUGGAAAACUAACACACUUCACAAAAAGAGAUAAGCCACCCCGAGCUGGAAGUAGAUGCUUGGAUUGUCAAAUAGAACAAAGCUGCCCAUAUUCUGCAAAGAAGAUUUACUUAGAUGCUUUUAGACAGGGUCGUACUGGUUGGCCUGUGAAAGUCAUUUCUGAUGUUGUUGAUAUCGAACAUAUCACAGAAGCUCUACAAACUGGGCCUUAUGGGAAAUGUGUUUAUGACACAGAUAAUGAUGUUGUCUCACACCAGGUGGUUAAUUUUCAAUUUGAUAAUGGUGCAACUGUGUGUUUUAAUAUGGUAGCUUUCACACAACGUUUGUGUGCUAGAGAAGUAAAAAUCUAUGGCACUAGAGGUGAAAUAUCUUUUGAAGAUGGAUGGGAACAUGUUCAGGUUUUCGACUUCUUAACACAACAAACAACAUACCAUGCUGUUGUAAGCAAUCAUCCUAACUUAAUGACUGGACAUGGUGGAGCAGAUUUUCACUUGAUGCAGUCAUUCUUAAAGACUUUGAGAGGAGAAACUGACAAUGUAACAGGACCUGAAGAAACUUUAAGCAGCCAUCUUCUUGUGUUUGCCGCGGAGAAAGCACGACUUGAAAAUAAAGUGGUCACAAUAGACCCUGAUGGCAGCUUCUAAGAAACUAAUAAUCAGCCUAUUAUUUACAUACUUUGUGAAUGACAAGAAAUAUUUCUAGUUAUUCAAUUUUAUAUUUAAUUUGUGCACAAAUUAUUAAUCAAAUCACGCCCUUGAGAAGCUGUGGAAAUAACCUAUUGACCUGUUACUAUGUGGUGGAGGGGUUGGUGUCGGACUUAUGUGAUUACGUGUAACAUGUUUAGAAAUAAAUUUAUCAAUCACAUUUUUUAAAAAUUAAAAACUUA